AUGGACCCCAACACCCUCUCAUUCCCCUUCCAGGAGACGGGGUUUUCGUCUGGAGGCACGGGAGCACGCCUUGCACGUGCUGUUAUCAUUGUUGCCGGCGUCUGUGCCCUGGUGUCGUGCUUGACAACUUUUGUUGCUGUUUGGCUGCAGACAAAGAACUACCGCAAGCCGCUACUCCAGCGAUAUGUCGUUCGCAUACUACUCAUGGUCCCCAUCUACGCGGGCGUUUCAUGGGCGAGUUUGGUCUCGAUAACAGCUGCCUCCUACAUGGAGCCCUUCAGAGAUGUGUAUGAGGCCUUUACCAUCUAUACCUUCCUCCAAUUGCUCAUCAACUUCAUCGGAGGCGAACGCGCCCUCAUCAUCCUCAUGACCGGACGGCCGCCCGUCUCCCACCCUUGGCCCAUGAACCUCAUCUGCUCCAAGAUCGACAUCUCGGACCCACACACUUUUCUCGCUGUCAAGAGAGGUAUCCUGCAAUAUGCGUGGGUGAAGCCAAUUCUUUCAGUGGCCACCGUUGUCAUGAAAGCGACGGGAACAUAUAAGGAGGGCUACAUAGGAGUCACCUCUGGCUACUUCUGGAGCAGCAUCAUCUACAACAUUAGCAUUACAAUCUGCCUGUACGCCCUGGCCAUGUUCUGGAUGUGUAUGACGCACGAUCUGCAACCCUUUCGGCCCAUGCCCAAGUUCUUGUGUAUCAAGGGCAUCAUCUUUGCCUCCUAUUGGCAAGGUCUAUUCUUGUCCAUUCUUGUCUGGUUGGGCGCUAUUCCAGAUGACGUUCCUGGCUAUACGCCUGACAAUUUGGCCGCCGCAAUCCAGGAUGCUCUCAUCUGCUUCGAAAUGCCCUUCUUUGCCUUUGCCCAUUGGUAUGCCUUUUCCUGGCACGAUUAUGCCGACGAGACGAUUUCGGCAGCACGCCUGCCCGUCAAGUAUGCUUUACGCGAUGCCUUUGGGCCAAUGGACCUCAUCCAAGAUACCAAAGAAACUUUUGCAGGUCGCCAUUACGAAUACCGCUACUUUGACGCGCGCGACAAUGUACUAGCGCAUGAAGAUUCGUCUUCGCGUGCAGCACGCAUGGCCGAGGGUAUGCGGUUCGAAAGAGGUGGCAAGGGCAAGUACUGGAUUCCGAAACCAGGACAAGGCAGUGAAAACGAGCCGCUGUUGAACAAAAUGACGUCAAGUCGUGCCCGUGCCAUGAGUCCUGGACCGCACAAAGCGAUACAGGGCGAGGGUGGCAUGUAUGGUACCCCUGACGAAUUCGAGGAUCCAACUCUCGAUGCCGAAGACGAACGUCUGUUUGAUAAUGCACGAUCGUUGGAAUUUGGUGAUUGGAACUACCCUGUCAUUGAAGCCCACCGACCAUCUCGAGAGGAUCGUCUUUAUGCCGACCCAACUGUUCUCACAGCCUCAACCAAUCGUAACCUCCUCCAACCAACGGCGAUCAAUAAGAAGCGCCGCAAGAGUCAGAUCAAAGCCGUCCAAGACUCUACGAGGAAAGGGAAGCAACGGUCAAGCGAUUCCAGUAGUGAGGAAUCCCUCAGUUCCAAGUCUCGUGUUCCCAAAAUCGCGAAUCUCCUGCGACAACACUCGUCAUCCUCUUCGACCUCUGCCAAAUCCGACAAGAGCCAACUAGUUGAUCUGGUAGUCGAAGACCACCAAGCCGAAGAAGUAGACCGUGUUCGAGCUCGAAAAGAAGGUGGUCCAGGCUGGAACGAAGUUCCAUCAAAGUACUUUGUCCACACCUAUGCCGAAAACGGCCAGAAAGAAGAAGUUCGUCAAGGUUUCAACCCAGACGAGCCAGAAGUGCAAAACCCAGAAGCAGACCACAAUCUCAGCUACCCCUUUGCCGUUGAAGAACAGACCGAGGAAGAGCAGAGGCAACAGGGCAUCAAGCCUCCCAUCUCCAAGGAGGAGAAUCAUUGGGAGACCAAUGAUGUGAGCGAUCAGCCAGAUGUUGAUGAGGAGAGAGAGGAUCGGCCGAGUCCGUCGUAUGGUAGUUUUCGAGAGGAGAGAGAUGUUUGGGGGGCAGGAGAGUGA